GAUGAGUGGACUUCUCUAUCUUUUCAUGUCACGAAAUUCUAUAGAGGGAGAAGUUCCACAGGACAUUGGAGGAUUGAAGGCCAUUGUAAAACUAGAUCUUUCUGGUAACCACUUUUCCGGCAUGAUACCAAGCCAAUUGGGGGACCUCCAAAACAUGAAAGUUCUUGACCUGUCAAACAAUUCAUUUUCAGGCUCAAUUCCCUUAUCCUUUGCCAAUUUGAUAAGUCUAGAAUACUUGAAUUUGUCUUUCAACGCAUUGUCAGGUACUAUUCCUAAGUCUUUGGAAAAGCUUUCAUACCUUAAAAGCAUCAAUGUCUCAUUUAAUGAUUUAGAUGGUGAGAUACCUAGUGAUGGUGUGUUUUCAAAUUCCACGUUGCAAUCAUUUCUUGGGAACAAAGGUCUAUGUGGAGUACACAUAUUGGAGAUUCCUGCUUGUGCUAUCACUAAUCCUAGAAAACAAUCAAAGUCUAAGGAGCUUGUGCUGAAAAUUGUUAUUCCAGUGGUUACUUCAUCCUUUCUGAUAUUAUUGGUUGUGUCAGCUUGGAUAAUAAUGAAACAAAAGAUGAAAGGAAAGUCCAAAGACAUGGAAAAGGUACCAGAGAUCAGGACUUAUCAAUUGGUUUCUUAUCAUGAAAUUCAACGAGCAACAAAUAAUUUUGAUGGAUCCAAUUUAAUUGGUACGGGAGGUUCUGGCUCUGUGUACAAAGGUACAUUAUCUAGUGGAACUGUGGUGGCAAUAAAGGUUCUCGAUUUGCAAAAUGAGGAAGUAUGCAAGAGGUUUGAUACUGAAUGUGAAGUGAUGAGAAAUGUUAGGCACAGAAACCUUAUUUCAGUGAUUACUACUUGUUCUAGUGAAUACAUAAGAGCAUUUGUUCUACAGUAUAUGCCCAAUGGAAGUCUUGAUAAUUGGUUGUACAAAGAAGAUUGCCACUUGAACCUUCUUCAAAGAGUCAACAUAAUGCUUGAUGUGGCUGUGGCAAUUGAAUAUCUACACCACGGUCAUGAUACUCCAAUAGUUCAUUGCGACCUAAAGCCAGCCAACAUUCUUUUGGAUGAAGAAAUGGUGGCACAUGUUGGUGAUUUUGGCAUCUCUAAAAUAUUAGCUGUAAGCAAGUCCAUGGUACAUACUGAGACAUUAGGCACUUUUGGUUACAUUGCACCAGAAUAUGGCUUGGAAGGAGUAGUGUCCAUUAGUGGUGAUGUUUACAGCUAUGGCAUCAUGAUGAUGGAGGUAUUGACAAAAAGAAGACCAACUGAAGACGAGAUAUUCAACGAAAAUCUUGGCUUGAGGCAGUGGAUAAGACAAGCAUUUCCCAGGACAAUUAUGGAAGUCGUAGAUGCCAAUCUUUUUCAUGAGGAAGAAUCUGUCAAUUUCAAAAGUGAAAUAUGCAUAGCCUCCAUGAUGGAAUUGGCUUUGGAUUGCACAAAGGAAAUGUCAGAGACAAGGAUAACUAUGAGAGACGUAGUGAAGAGGCUUAACAAAAUCAAAAACACAUUUUUAGGAACAUAGAAAUUAGCAUCUCUUAAAGUGGUGUUC